GCUGUUUUUUUCUUUCACGCUACUGUACAUUUUCUUCCUAAUUCACCAAGUUCAUGGCUCCAUCGUAAGAAUAGGAAAAGAGCCACCUCUGGUGGCAACAAGCUGAAAGGUACUAUGUGAAUAUCCUACAAUACAGAAACUAAUCUGCAUGGCUAUUCAAAUGUACACCUCACUACUAUCUCAGAAAGGAAUUAUAGUACAUUACAUAAACAUUCCUUUUUUCCCUGGCCGUUGUCUAAUUAAACAAUCUGGGACCUUUUAAACUGUGGAGGCGACGGUGGGAAGGCUGUAUUUGUUUGUUACCAUGUUAUGUAUUUUUGUGUUUUUUAUGUUGUAAAGCGCCCUGUGAUUCUUGGAUGAAGGGUGAUAUAGAAAUAAAUAAAUUUCUUGUUUGGGUAUCUUGUGGAAUCCUGACAGAUAUUUCAACACACAAGAGCAAGUGGUAGGGCUGUUAUUGCUUCUAAAUGUCCUAUUCAUUGAGCAUUCAUCCCAAUUUGUUUGCUCAAAGUUUGCAGGAGUUUUCUAUGUUCACUGCUUUUUGAAGAUUCAUUCUUACCAAAAAUAAAAAAUAAAAAUCUGCUUUUGGAGAGAGAGGGGGAGCAGAUUUGUUGUGCAAGAACGUCAAAUCCACUUUAAAUACUACCCACAAAAUAGUAACAGUCUCGAAGCAGCCUUUGCUGACUUCUCAGCUUCUGAAAAGAGUUUGCAGUCAUGCAAGAAGCUGGAGCAUAGGAGUUUAUGGCUCUGUACCGCAGAUACACCCCAUUUCAGCUCCCAGUGCCAGUGAAAAACACUAGGAGGGACAGAGAAGGUUCAAAUGCACUUUGUUUCUCUCUCUGCACUCACCCCACCCCCUUCAAAUGUUGGAAUUAUUAUUAUUAUUAUUAUUAUUAUUAUUAUUGUUAUUGUUAUUAUUUCAUUAUUUAUACCCCACCAAUCCGCCUGGUUUUCCCCAGCCACUCUGGGCGGCAUUAACUUGGUUUGAAGAAGGAAAAUAGCAGCCUUUUGCCCAUUUGCAGACUCCCUAACAUUUUAAUUGUGCCAGAUAAUGGGUGCUAGAGAGCCAGUAUGAUGUAUUAGCUUGCAUCAGAGUAGGACAGGAAAGAUCCAGGUUCAAAUCCUUACUCAUGAAGCUCCAAGCAACCUGGUCCUAGUCGUGCUAUUUCUCAGCAUCGCCUGUCGCAGGACAGGAUAAAACAGGAAGGGGGAGAGCCACGUACAGUCUUGAGCGGAAGAAAACAUAAAUGUGAUCAAGAACUACAAAAUAGUGUCGCCAUAUAUAGCUAUCCCAUUCACCGCUGGAUAUUCAGAAUAAUAUCCAGUGCUUUUUCUUAUGGGGGUACUCAAGAGUACGAAGUACCGGCACAGUUUUUUCAAAUGUUAGAAGUAUGGCCCUUACUUUUAGAAGACAUCUGAAGGCAGCCCUGUUUGGGGAAGUUAUUAAUGUUUGAUGUUUUAUUGUGUUUCUAAUAUUCUGUUGGGAGCAGCCCAGGGUGGCUGGGGAAACCAACCCAUUUAGGCAGGGCAUAAAUAAUAAGUUGUAGUAGUAGUUGUUGUUGUUGUUGUUGUAAGUUGUUGUUGUGGUUGUUAUAUUAUGUAACAACUUCAUGGUAAGUACCAAAACCUUUCCCUUUUUUCCCUAAAAACACUGCUUAUAGCUUACUUUUCUCCCAGGGCAAACAGCCUGAUCAUAAAACCAUGCAAUACACUUGAACCAUUUUAAACUGCUCAAGGAACUGCUUACUGCUUAAGGAACAUACUGUACGUCCAACACUGAACCACGACAAAACUAAUCAUAGGCUCUCUACAAAUAAGGGACUAUCUUAAGGCUGCAGCUGUGAACGCAAAAAAAAGGGAGAGAGAGAAAGAAGAAGCAGCAAGCGCUUUGCUUGGGUACAUUUCCCCUUUUUUUUUCGAAACUCAAAAGCUGCUCGAGCAGGAAGCUGAUCUUCCGCCGGCCAAGGUUGUAACGUUGGGACAAUAUGCUUCAGAAGCAGGUGACUCGGCGCGGAUAAAAUAGAUUUGCUUCCUCGACGUCGUAUAUAUAAAUUAACGGUAUACAACGCCGCUUCCUCGCCCUGGUGCAAAGGCUCCUGCCGCUGGGCAAAAGGGCGCCAGAGGCGGAGAUCCACUAAAGUCCCCGCGACACCGAGACGCGUAGCGAGGGGAGAAACUCGCUUUCGCUUUCACUCCCCCGGCUCUGAGGGAGAAGACGAGGCAGGGGCUGCGGCGCCGGAGGCCUCCUCACGCUCCCUUCCUCCGAAUAGGUACGGGAGCCGCGCCAGCGCUGCGGGAGCCGGGAGAGUAGGUACAGCUCGCGGGAUAAGGGAAGGGAGCGCAGGGAAGGCGGGGGCCUCUCCGCCGAAGGGGCCUAGCUUUGGCGCGCACCUCUUUUCGCAGUAGGAGCAAGAACGCUCCACUGCGCAUGCUCACCCUCAGCAGGCCGCCGCCUCGCCCCCUUUUUUGAGGCGCAGCGCAGGAGGCCCAGGCCGGGUUUGGGGGCAAGGUGUCGGAGGGGCCUGGCCGCGUGCGUCGCCCCUACCCCACCCCUGUACCUUUCACCGUCAUAGUCAGUCCAGGGAUUCGUCCGCAGGCCGCAACACAUGUUUUCUCCCCAACGGAAUCAUGGGAAUUGUAGUUUACCCCUUCACAGGGAGCCAUGUUUGCCCAGCACCUUGAAACUACAGUUCCCAGGAAUCUUGAGGGGGUAGCUCAGGUGCUUGAGCUGUGGAAUAAGUAGGCAGCCGCAACGACAAAAAUGGCCGAAAAUUAAAACUCUACCUGGAGCUGAGGAAAAGUUGCUUCUCCUCCACCCCACCCCCCAUCAUGCUAAAAGUCCAGCUCGCUUUGGUGGAAUUAGUUGGCAGUAAAAUGAGGACAGACCAAGAACUACUGGCUUCUAGCCUGCCCCAAGGGGUUCCAUGUGUAUCCCUGGGACUGAGUGCUUGGCAUAUGGGGCUGCAGAAACAAGCCUUAGACUUGUGCACCUACCUGCUGUGCAUAUUUUAUUUAUUUUGAAAGUUUUACAGAUUCUCACAAUGCUCUGUGUGGUCUAUGUGAAAAUCUGUAAAAACUUUUUUUUUAACGAACAUAAGAUGACUUAGGCUGUGCACACACCAAACUUUGAAAGCAAAUUCAUAGCCCAUGUCUUCCCCCAAAGAAUCUUGGGAAUUGUUGUUUACCCCUCAAAGCUGCAAUUCCCAGCAGUUUAGCAAACUACAGUUCUUAGAAUUUGGGGUGCAGUGGUGCUUUCCAUUACAGUAUUGUUUCUUAAAUGUACAGUAUGGGGUAUACACAGUGCUAGUUACAUAUCUGGGUAGGCUUGCUAAAAUGAAAAGUUUUCCGUAGACAUCUGAAAUAAUGUAGCAAAGGCACCUGCCUCUACUAUCAAUAGGCAGGGAGUAUCAAAGUAUAGGUGCCACCACACUAGAAGUUCAGUUCCUUGCACUUGCAGAACAGACAUCAUCAUGGCAUUUGUAGAAGGGCAAGUUCUGCAGAUCAGAGCAGUUGAAUAAGACAUGUAUGAUGCAAUGGAAGUGCUCCUUCAGUCUCCACUUUAUAAAUCCAAAGUGCAUGGAAUUCUGCGCUGUUGAUGUUUUUCUGACACAAAAGAUUGCAUUGAUAGGGAAAGCCAUAGGUGGUAUUUAAAAGGUUUUAAAAGGUUUUUCUAUUAAUUUAAUAAUGUUUCUUUAUUAGAUUUGUCACUGGAUACAAUAACAACCUGACACUGAGAUUGCUGCUUCCAGAUUAUGCAGUUGCCUUGAAGAAGCUGAAAAUGUUUCUAUUGCUAGUCAUUUUAAGUCUUGUUCCAUUUUUGAGCUGUAAUCUCAAUAGCCAAACAACAGAUUCAAGCACUGGAGGUGGAAGUAAUCAAUUUCCUUGGAAUAAAAGUAGGCUUCCCAAGCAUGUCGUCCCCAUUCAUUAUGAUCUUCUUAUUCAUCCAAAUCUCACCACUUUAACUUUUACUGGACUGGCCAAAAUAGAGAUUAUGGUAACUGAACAAACUAGCUCAGUCAUCCUGCACAGCAAAUAUCUCCAGAUCACUAAAGCUACCAUCCAAGGAGCAACAGGAUCCCCUGAUGCUGAUAAAGAAGUGACUGUUUUAGAAUACCCACCAUAUGAACAGAUUGCACUCGUUGCUACUGAACCACUGCAAAUUGAGCACAAGUACAUUAUUAGCAUUGAGUAUUCUGCUAAUCUCUCGGACAGUUUUCAUGGAUUCUAUAAAAGCUCAUAUAGAACUCCAGAAGGAGAAGUAAGGUAAGUCUAUUUUCAGUUAGAUUUGUAUGUAUCUUUUUGACCUUCCUGUUUCCUAUGAUUCAUUGCUUGUGUUUAUAAAGUUUGUGUCAUAUAGAAUUGCAAAACACACGCAAAAAACUUGCAUAUGUGAGGAGCUCCAAUCCCGCAUUAAAUACCUGUCUGGAAGCACCUUUAGGUUGCAGUCAUAUGCAUAUUUAUAUCAAAGUAAAUUUCAUUAGCAUAAUGCAAUCUGCUUCUUAAUACACUGUUAAAAGUUUUUUAAAUAUCUCUUUCUUCAAUGAAGAAAUGCAAGCUGAUUUCUAUUCAUUAGGUGAAAUGUUCAUCUUUGAAUAUUUUUACUGUACUACUAUGUACUGUACUACUAACAAAGCAUAUAUGUCAUGUAUUCUUUUUCUUAAUUCCAGGGUGCUUGCAGCAACACAGUUUGAAGCAACAGCUGCACGUAUGGCUUUCCCUUGCUUUGAUGAGCCUGCAUUCAAAGCUAAAUUUUCUAUUAAGAUCAUAAGAGAACCGAAACAUCUUGCACUAUCCAAUAUGCCCAUUGUAGGUGUAUACUUUGUAUUCUUUGAUCUGCCUAGUUGAGCAAGAUAAAGCAAAGUAACGUAGAAAACAUUACCGUUGUACACUAUAAACCACAUCUCGUAGGAGUUUAUGCUCCUGUUGUGUUCACUUUUGGUGCUCACAUAAGAAAGCAAAGCAGAAUUUAAAAAUGAAUAUAUUCAUGUGCUGGAAAAGUGUAAAUCUGUUGAGUAGGGCUAGAAAUAGGGGGCAAUUCUCUCCUGCUAGGUUGCCCUUCUUAACUGAUCUGUUUCUAGCUUCUUCUUAGAUGUAGGUUUGCAACUGUGAAAUGGAGAAAGCAUUUAAAAGAGCUAUGAGGGAGAUAAUAUAUAGUGUGCGCGCGCGCGCAAGACCAGAAGUAAUGAAUGUACUUCAGAGCUAGAGCUGAAAUGUAAUAGUUUUUACAUUUUUUAGGUGGAAUCCGUAAACAUCGGAGGGCAGCUCAUUGAAGACCGUUUUGAUGUCAGUGUAAAGAUGAGCACUUACCUAGUGGCCUUCAUUGUUUCAGAUUUCAAAUCCGUUUCCAAGAUGACUUCCCGUGGAAUUAAGGUAAACUUUUCCUAUCAACUGAAGUGUUGCAUAUUGAUAUUUUAAAAUUGUAGCAGUUUCAAUUUUUAAAGUAAUUAGAGCCUAGAAAGGUUUUAAAGAAAUUAUUAUGGGUUAGAGCUAGACUUAGUCAUACUUAGAGUAGAUCCAUUGAAAUCAAUGGUGCUUAAAUUGGUUGUGACUAACUCUGAAUCCAACCCUAUAGAAUUUGAAAUAUUUUUUCAGUAGUUCUCAAAACGUCUAUUACAAUGCUAUAAGAAGCAAAAGUUUAGACUUGCAGUGGUCGUGCUCCAUUUGUUAAGCAUCAGUUAUAUGGAUAGCAGCCAUUGCACAGCUGUUUACAUUUGUUGGUAGAAAUGUGUACCAGUAAUGCUUAAUUUUCUAAACUGCUGGGAUAAAAAUUAAAAAGCUUGAGUACAUGCAGUUGCAAAAAAGACUGAGCAUCUGGAUAAUGAGAUAAUGUGCCUUUAAAUUAAAAAAUAAGGCAGUCACAGGGCACUUCAUCUUUCCUAGUUAGACUUUCAGUUUAUCUGCACUAAAACACCAUGAGGUAGCUUAGUAUGAGAUACAUACAGCCACUGCCCCAGGGUAAUCCUGUGUACUUCAUUUCUAAGCAAACAUUUGAACUUGGUCCCUAUCCAAAUUCAACUCUCUACCCACCACAGUAGCUCUUCCCUAUAGAAUCAUGGAAUUGUUAAUUUGGAAAGUGCCCUGAGGGCAUGGGCAUAGACAAGAAUUUUGUUAGGGAGUGGCAUGACUUUGUUAGGGGGGCAGGACUUGGGGGGCAGGUUAGAACCAAUAUGAUUGGUCAGUAUUUCUAUUGUUUUACUUGAUCUAGGGGAGCCAACUGCUCCCCUGCCCCCACUUGGCCACGGCCAUGCCUGAGGGUCAUCUAGCUCAACUUUCUGCAGUUGAUAGCCACCCAACCUAUGCUUAAAAACCUCUAAGGAAGGAGAGAGCAUCACCUCCCGAGGGAGACCAUUCCACUGUUGAACAGCUCUUACCGUCAGAAAGUUCUGCCUGAUCCUUAGUCAGAAUCUCCACAAGCAACCUCCACAAAAUAAAAUUUUCUUGAUUCCAGGGUUUGACAAGGUUAAAAAGGUUAUAUAAGAUAUAGAUACUUUCACUGCCAUUGUUAGUGUAUUUUUUGCUAAAUUAAGAUCCACCUUUGGAGUCCUUUAAUUUGAAUGGAUCAGGACUCUUUUUUUUUUAAAUGAUAUUUAUUUUUAAAAGAGUUUGUUUUUUUUAAAAGAAUUACACAAAGGAAAAAACAAGACAGAAAAGGAAAAAGAAAAAGAAAAGAGAAAAAAAAAACACCAUCAUUCUCCAAUUCUCCACUUUCAAUACCUUCUUUCCUUGACCUCCUCCUCCUCCCUUUUCCUGUAUCCUGUUUUAUAAUAAUCACAGCAAAUCCUUUCCAUAAUUCAUAGUAUUCUGUCAUCACAUUACCUUGAUCUAUUUUCAUCUUAUCUUAUAGAAAACCUUAAAGUUUAAAACUUAAAUCUUAAUUUUUACCAACUUCUCCUAAACCAUAACAUUCUUACCUAGUUCUUUAGACAUUUUUAUAAGAGCCAAAUAGUUUCAUUUCAACAUUUUCCUAACAUUCAUCAAUUUUAUAAAACAGUCCUAAUGAUAAAAAUAAAAGAAAAAAGCAAUCCAGUCUUCAUCCAACGUCCCUUCCUCCUGGUCCCGGGUUUUGUCAGUCCUUUUUAUCCUAUUAAUCUAGCACAUUAACCUGGCAAUCUUAUAUCUGAGGCCCUCAAGUCUCUUCCAUGUCCCUUUCGUACCUCUUCUUUAUAUUUCCCUUUUAUUCGUGGGAACUCCGGCUUGGUAGUGUUUUUGACCCUUUUCAGCAAGACGAUCCCUUUUCCAUAGUCCAGGAUAGGCUCGAUGUAGUAUUUACAAGCAUGCUCCAGAUUCCCUUCAAAGUUGAGAGCCCCCACAGCUCCAAACAUCUGGCGGCCCCUUUCCAGACUUGAAAAGUCCAAAUCUCCCUGUAAAGGGGUCUAUCCAACCCCCAUUUCCAAACCAAACCAGAUUUUAUCUUUCCAAGUCUGAUUUUUCCAAGUUCAUUUAUCAAAUCCAAGAGUUUAUAUUCCUGCUGGGCCGCAACUCCCUCCGUCUCUGGCGCCCAAGAUUCAGCAAGGUCCUCUUCUUUCAGUUGUUCUGUCAUGGCACGCUCCUGUUUUGAUUCCUGGGUGGGCUCCAUAUAGUUUCCCACUACCUGUUCAAAGGUCCUGGCCGCAUUAGUCAUGAAAUCCGUCUUCUGACUUAACUGAUCCAAUAGGGCAUUUAUUUUACAGAAAGCACCCAACAGUGCUUCUGAAGACAUUGUCCUACAAGGUCACAAAUCCUUUCCCACAGUUGUAAUCAGUGACAGCUGCAAGUUCCCAGGAAUUAGUUACAAUUUCACAGUUCCCCACUAGGGGGAAAAACUUCUGGUUGUUCUUUUUCUUGAAAACAAUAGCAACAAAGUUUCUUUUUUAAGAUAUUUUGUCCAUAUUUGUUCUUUUAAAAGACGAAAGGAAACAAUGGAGUCACAAUGUUUCUCUUCUUUUAACUAUCUGUCAAAGACAUUUGUUUCUGGUCAAUGAGCUUCAAACAUCAGUUCUGACACCCCGCUCCAGGGUCAGGACAGUGGAAAAUUACUUUGCUUUAGAUUCACUUCUGCAGGUUUAAGCAGCUCAGAAAAGGUCCCCCUUCUUCCCCUGCUCAAGGGGGGUUCAGCGAAGGGGGGUUCAGCGAUUUUAAAUGAUGAAAGUUGAUCCUUUAAAAGUGAUUUUUAAGGCUCUAGUUUGCGUUGUCUUUGCUUUGUUCUGACUACGAGGAAACGGGAGGGUGACUUCCUGUUUAAACCUUCCCGUUUCAGUACCAAAUUAGGGUUAAUUUUUAAGUCCAAAAUACUAUUUAUUUAGACAUUUCUUAUUUGAAGUCCAAAUAUUCAAUGUUCCAGUACUCACGGUUGGUUGUUUUAAAUGCCAAAUUGUCCCAGGAAAAAAGCAGCGCUCUCUGGCAACGACUAUGCGGCUUCGCUCCGCAGAAAAAGCAAUUGACUCACAGCACCGCACCACUUCCCCCUCUUCACUUCGGAGCCCGUUUGUGGGUUCCUUUGUGGGUUGGGGGGGCGCUAAGGGUGCCCGCCGAGUCCCACGGUCACAGGCUUCAUCCGCCUGUGAUUUCCAGAAGGGUCCCCGCUACGCCGCAGCGGAAAGACCCGUUUCAUGCGGAGCUAGUCCCUCCAAUUCAGAGGGAGUCCGCCAUUGCCGGGGGCGCCACCCCGGAAGUGAAUGGAUCAGGACUAUGUCUUCCUAAGAAACAUAUCCUCUGCCAUUGGUUUUUACAGGAGUUUACCUAUGCACAGAAGGUAGGAAAAGCUAAAUCAAAUGUUGGAUACCUUUCAACUUUACUCUCAUUUUAAGGUGUUAACAAAUUAAUUAUCUUUUAUAUUUUCUUAAGUUGGAGUUCAGAAUUCAUCAAUGUUUGUGUUUUGUUGUUGGUGAUGAUUUUAGGUUUCAGUAUAUGCUGUACCACAUGUGAUCAACCAACUGGAUUAUGCCUUGGAUGCAGCAGUAAAACUGUUAGACUUCUAUGAGGGAUAUUUUAGCAUUCCAUAUCCUCUGCCUAAGCAAGGUAAACUCGCUACUUUACUUUUGAUAGAAAUGUUGAUCUAAGUUACACAUACAUGCAAACGAAACCUACCUAUGUAUAUGUUUACUUUCAAAGUUGACUUGUGAAUUUAUAAAUGGAGUGAGCAGGUAUGAGGGACAACUUUUUCAAAAUGUAUUUGCAGACCUUGCAGCUAUUCCCGAUUUUCAGUCUGGUGCAAUGGAAAAUUGGGGAUUGAUUACAUACAGGGAAUCUGCUUUGUUAUACGAUCCUGAAAAAUCCUCAGCGUCAAGUAGACUUGGAAUUACCUUGGUUAUAGCCCAUGAACUUGCUCACCAGGUAAGUUAUCACUAUUUUUAUACAUGAACUUGAUAGCUGCGCUAGUUAGUGGAUUCUUCAGUGUAAUGAAGGCACCAGAGGAUUAAUUUAAAACAGUUGAAAAUCUCUGCUAUCAGAUGUUUUCUCUUGCAGUGGUUUGGAAAUCUAGUCACCAUGGAAUGGUGGAAUGAUCUCUGGCUCAAUGAAGGAUUUGCAAAAUUUAUGGAAUUUGUGUCUGUAAAUGUUACCCACCCAGAACUGAAAGUUGUGAGUAUUAACAUUCCAGUUUUUAUAAUACUAAAAUGUUUCUUAAAAUCAAUGUUGAUUGCUCACUGAAGAUUAUAGAACUAUUAUUAUUAUUGGAAAUAAGUCAAACCAGCAACAAUCACCUGAAAAGAUUCUUGUCCAUAACUCCAGACACCCUGGACCACAAGUCGUAUACUGCUAUUCAUGUAUAUGGGGUGGGGCAUGGGGGCAGCAUGAGUUUCAGGGCUGGGAGACUGAUAAAGGACACGUCCCUCUUGGGCAAAUAAGCAUCCUGGCAUUGGCAAGCUAAUUUGAGAUAAAAGCUGCUACCUUAUUUCAGGUGACAGGUGAAAUAACAUUCUUAAUAGGGUAGCACUUCAGUCACCAGAAUUGAGAUAACAUGUAAUUAUCCCACUACAAGUGACAAUUAGCUUGCCAAUGUCAGGAUGUGUGUGCUGUCAUCAACGCUGAUGUAUGAACGGCCUAUAAUUGUUUAACAAAAAUACAUCACUGUAAUGGUUUUACAUCCACUUUAACAUAAUUGUCACUGUCAAUAUUUUUCACAUUUCAUUUCCCCCUGAUUUCACUGCUUACAUUUUUCCUCUCUCUAUAUAUAUAUUACACGUGUAUGUGUAUGUUCCUGCCAAUUUAGGAUAACACUUCAUGCACUUAUAAAGCAGGGGUCCUCAAACUAUGGUUUGCGGGCCAGAUCUGGCUGCCAGGGUCCUGAACCCAGCCCAACCCGGCAGUUACAGAAUCCACCACCUCAGAGCCCCCACCGUGGGUUGGAUCAUUUUCUGCGUCUGAGCAGACUCAAUUUUCUGCAUCUCUGUCGAUGUGAUAUCCGGUGCUGCGCAUUCCCUUAUAUAGAUAUCCAUCUAACGACCAUCUCAUUAGCCAAAAGUGUUGGUUUACAAACCCCCUCCGGAGAGGCUGGCCCCUCUCACUGCUCUCGGAGCUCGUUUACCGGUAACCUCCUCUGGCUGAAUUCCCGGACAGACCAGGGAGAUUUUGAUAGGCGACAUUUUCCCAGCGUGGGUAAAUGCACACCCCCUCCUCCUGCUUCCCUAGCAGGGAAAGAAGAGUAGUCAGAAAUCUAUUUACAUGAUGUUUAUUUCUGACAUUACAGCACUACAGAAAUCAUGUCCAACCACUUCAAACUUCAUCCAGCAAGUCCAACAAACUUCCUGUACAUACGCAAACGGAAGGUCUCAAAUUACACUCUUCACAGAGCUCUGAGAAGCCUGUGAACUUCCGGGAAUCUUCUUUCCCACAGCUAGCCACAUCUUGUGAUGUCAACAAGCUGGCUGUCUGCAGCUGCGAUUUUCUCAUAUACUGACAAAAAGCAGGCCCAUACUUCCCAUUGAAAUACUUAUAAGUUUAUGUUGAUUAAAAUCAUUCUUCAUUUUAAAUAAUGUAUAGUUUUUCCUGUUUUUUGUGCACCACAAAUAAAAUAUGUGCAGUGUGCAUAGGAAUUCAUUCAUAUUUUUUUCAAACUAUUGCCCUCCCCCCCAACAGUGUCUGAGGGACCGUGAACUGGCCCCUUGUUUAAAAAGUUUGAGGACCCCGUUAUAAAGGGAACUCUAGCACAAAAAAGCCUAUGGUAUAAUAAGUAUUAAUCUUUAAGGUGCCACAAAACUCCUUCUUUUUUGUGAAACAGACUAACAAGUUUACCCCCUCUGAAAAUUAGUCAGGUAAUUUGAGGGGGGGGGUUUUCAAAAUUUAUUUUUCUUUUAAUUCACAAACUUGCAUGCUUAGGUACAUGCUGUGUUUCAAAAUCAAAAAGCAGUUGCCAAAUGAUGGAAAGGCAGGAUAUCAAUCUGCUAAUUAAUUAAUAAAGAGUACAAAUAUUUUUGUCAUAGAAAUUAAGUAAAAACACUGAUAGCUUUUCAGCUAUACUUUUAAAUGACACACUAAAACAGCUAACACACAAGUUAAGACUUGCAAGAACAGUAAAACACAAGGACACUUGCUAGAGAGUGGUGGAACUUAAUUGCCUUUACAAAUUCACCAGAAAACAGAAGACCAGUUCCUAAGUCUUUCAUGAUACCCAUUCUCCCUCUACCCCAAAUUUAUACAAAUGACUACCAUUAUAAUGUGUGAAUUGUUAUUAUUACAAAGGUGAUGGUAUCUCCUGAGUUGAUAAUUGUAGUUCUUUGGUUUUGUUAACUUUAUGUAAAACCUCUGAAAAAUGACAAUAAGUAAUUUUUAAAAGUGACCUUCAAACCCUAUUAAACAAGUACUUUGUUUUUCUUUUAUUAGGAAGAUCAUUUUUUAAACAAUUAUUUCUCUGCUAUGGAGGUAGACGCCUUAAAUUCUUCACAUCCUAUAUCGACCCCUGUUGAAGAUCCAUCUCAGAUUCUAGAAAUGUUUGAUAGUGUUUCCUAUGAGAAGGUAAAAUUUAAAAAAUUUUCUUAUUUAUGUAUUCUUUCCUUAGUUCUGAUGAGAUUCUUAUAAGCUCUCAGGGGCUCCAUGUGUCCUAAUAUUUUGAGGAUAUCGACCCACCUUUUUGCCCUUAUGCACAGUUCAUUACACUAUUUAUUUUAUUCUGUGUAAAUGCACUCCUUCCCUCAACCAUCAAACACAUAAUGAAUAUGUUCUGUAGCAUUUGUUUUAAUUUAUAUGGACAAAAAUCUAAUGUAAAAGCCAGAACCCAAAGAUGAGAACUUUAUGAAAGAUUAGGGCUUAGGAGUGUCCUAAUCAGAGCACCUGAACAUCUUUUUGCUCCAGAUGUAGAUAAGCAGACAUUGAAAAAGCAAGUGUAGAAUUUAUCGUUUCACUCCCCUCUUUUCAGGGUGCUUGUCUUCUAAAUAUGCUACUGCAUUAUAUCAGCCCAGAAGUGUUUAGAGCUGGAAUUACAAAAUAUCUGUCACAAUUCAGCUAUCAGAACACAGAAAACAAAGAUUUGUGGAACAGCUUGUCAGGUGUAAGUAUUUCUUGCACGUUUUCUACCAGCAUACUUAGUGACCAAUGUCAUAAUUAUCAAAGCAUUGCUAGCCAGAAUUGCUCUUUGAGCGGUAUUGUUGCACGUGUUUUGAAGCCUUAGGUACCUAAUUUCUGAGUUUUGUUGCUAGGUUUGCCCUGCAGAAGCAGCAGGUCGAGGACAAAAUGAUGGGGUUUGUGGCAGAAGCCAGGAGACAAUCUCAACUUCCGUGAGUUUGUGUUUCAUUGCGUACUGUAUUUCUGUUUAGAAAUUUAUAAAUUUCUUACUAAAGAGGGAGUAGCCACCCUUUCCACGAGUGAGGGUGCAUAACACUUAACUGAUAUUCAGAGACCAAGGAAUCUGUUACUUAGGAGAAAGCAUCAGCACCUCAUGCUCUACAUUGAUGGUUUCCCUCUACAUGAACAAGUUAUGAUGAGCCUCUGGCUCCCUUUCAUGCCCAUGAGGAAGAGAUUGGAAUCUCUUUCUGCUGAUUUUAAGCAAUCUGCAAUUCUCAGUUAAAUCCAGAGACAGUGAGCUGUAGUUUAUUUAAACUAUGGUUAGGAAGAAGGCAUGAUUGAACACUGGUUUGAGAUAGGUUGUUCUAAAACCAUACUUUAAACCAGUGGUGGCCAAACUUGGCUCUCCUGCUGUUUUGGGACUACAGUUCCCAUCAUCCCUGACCACUGUUCCUGUUAGCUAGGGAUGAUGGGAGUUGUAGUCCAAAAACAGCUGGAGGGCCAAGUUUGGCCGCUACUGCUUUAAACAAACCACAGUUCAUCAGCUUCAGACGUCAUGCAGAACUGCUUAGUUUAAAACUGGAAGUGAGAGUUCUCCAUGAUCCUGCACGUGUGAAAGAGGGGAAAGGAUCUCUGCAACUCAUAGAUGUAGCCAGAAACUAUUGUUUCUUAUCAUAGCUGAACCUUUCAAUCUUUCUGAAUUGUUCGAAACCUGUACUUCAGUGGAAAUCAGAUCCCACCUCCAACCAGCUUUAUUCUUUGUGUGGUUAGCAUUGAUGCAAAAAUGGAGCUGGUUUUUGUCACCAUUUUAAUGUUACAGGAAACCAUAUACUUUCAUUCUUAAAUGUUUCUCUGCCAUACGUCAAAAAUGUCAUCCCACACUAUUGUUAACUAUGGAAAGUCAUACAGAUAAGACAGAUUUGUAAUUUUUAUCUCUUUGCUGCUACUGCCCAGUGAGCAGCAUCUCCUAGCAUCUCAGUUCAUAUUUUUGUCCCCGAUUUAUAGCACUGGACCCAAAAUUGGCUUCAUGAUGUGAAGACCAUGAUGGACACUUGGACAUUGCAGAAAGGAUUCCCAGUGGUAACUGUGACAUUAGAAGGGAAGAAAGUCCAUGUAGACCAAGAGCACUAUGUGAAGGCUUCUAGUUCUUCUGCACCAACCGGGUAAUGGCAAAGGAGCAAGUGAAGCUCCACCACUGGCUAACAUUUAAUCAUAAAAAUAAAUAAAUAAUGCAGAUUGCACUGUGAUUUCUUAACUAGUUAGUAUUUAGGGAAGUUUUUAAUGUCUGACAUUUUAAUGUAUUUUUAAAUCUUUUGUUGGAAACCGCCCUGAGUGGCUGGGGAAACCCAGCCAGAUGGGCAGGGUAUAAAUUAUUAUUAUUAUUAUUUUGAAAAAUCAUAUUGAAUACUCUUUUACAUCAUACAAAUAAAUCAGCUGAGGGCAUGCUAGACUUUCUAAGUGAGAAAAAGUUACAAUCUCUAAACUGGAGACUGGUUUAAUUUUGUCCUGUAGGGAAUUUCACUUGUUACAUUUCUUUGAGAGCACAUGUGACUGAUGGCAAAGCCUUAAGGAAACGAAAGCAUUUUCUUAAAGAUAGGUACUCAUAGUAGAGAGUUAAUAUGGCAGGAAUCAUUAACCAUCUCUGGAAAUGCAAGUUUGCUUUCAAGUGUGUGAAAACAGACCUUGCAGCCGUAGAACUCUCAACAAGAAACCCCUCUUUACAUCCUCCCAGUCAUGCAGGUCAGUGGUCAGCUUAGAUAUGUGUUCAUACAGGCUGUUGAAACAAUCAGCUAAUCAUCAUCGAUUUUACUGUAGGAAUCUGUGGCAUGUUCCAUUAACGUAUAUUACCAGUAAAUGUGCUGAAGUUCAGAGGUUUUUGCUGACAACUAAAACAGGUAUGUUUGACUGAAUUCAAAUGGGUAAGAAGCACAAUUAUGUUUUCAAGCUUCAAUAAUUUUAUUAUGGAAGAUUAUAAGAAUUAAGAAGAUACAGAAUUAAGAAGAUUCUGUAAGACACACAGAAGUUUUUAUCCACAAAGCAGCUGUGUAGUAGACAUUAAGGCUAGGUUUUUAAACAAUUUUAACUAUUGCUAAUCAGUUAUUUAUCUGUGGCUGAUAACUGUAAAUGAAAUGAGUCAAUACUGCUGGGCAGAAAAAUACAAGGUUGUGAUAUAUUUUGUCUGUAGAUGACAUCAUUCUCCCAGAAGAAGUGGAGUGGAUAAAAUUUAAUGUUGGAAUGAAUGGUUAUUAUAUUGUGCACUAUGGAGAUGACGGAUGGGAUGCCCUAAUUCGUCUUUUGAAAGAAAACCAUAAAGCAAUUAGCAGCAAUGAUAGAGCAAGUCUCAUCAAUAGUGUAUUCCAGAUGGUGAGGUAAAGUAUGAUAGUACACACUAAAUAUCUCUUUGGUAAGCAACAUGCCAUUUUUGUUCUAUACAACAGUAAUACAGAUAACACUACUUCAUCACAUAAUAAAAUGAGAGAGACACUCCUGUAUCAUUUGCAAAAUUAGAAAUCCAGAACUUCCCCAGUGACGUUGCUUAGGCCAUUCCUGCGUGAAUAAUGGGAGAGUUGUGGUAGUACUAAGACAGUGAGAGUUAGAAAAGAUAAGAGCUUGAGAUCUCCCACCAGAUGUCAAAGAUAACAACAACUACCAGACUUUUAGAAGACAUCUGAAGGCAGCCCUGUUUAGGGAAGCUUUUAAUGUUUGAUGUAUUACAGUAUUUUAAUAUUUUUUUGGAAGCUGCUCAGAGUGGCUGGGGAAGCCCAGCCACAUGGGUGGGGUAUUAUUAUUAUUGAUAAUAAUAAUAAUAAUAAUAAUAAUAAUAAUAAAUAAAUAAUUUAAUUUUAUUAUUAUUAUUAUCAUCAUCAUCAUCUCAGAAUUAAAUACUGCUUCCUGUUCCAAUAAACUAUAAUAGCUCUCCUAGUUCUUGCCCAUUGACACAAUGUCGUCUUGAACCAAUCUUUUACAGACGUCACUACACUUUUUGCUAGCAUAAGGAAUGAGCACAUACGUGUUUAUAGCCUUCUUAGGCACAGGCCUUUUCCCUAGAAAUUGGCCUCAUGAUAUUUGGCACAGCCAUUACAAGAGAUUUAUAGGAUGCUCCCAUCCUACUUUAUAACAAAAAUAUUUCUUCCGAGUAGAAACAAUACCUGCAACAAAGUAUCUGUUGAUACUUUCCCUUGAUCCACAUUGGGGAGGGGGAGUAUAUUGCAGAAAUACAGCAAGCUCACAAAUUUUGUGGUGGUUACAUUCCUAAAGCCGAAAUUGUAUGUAGUCAAAAUGCAUUGGGUUCAAUGGCAGGUGGCAUUUCCAAAGUCAUUUUCCCUGGAGCGCCACCCCUCUUCUGCCCCCUUUCUAUUUCUUUGCCUUGUGCAUAAAGCUUGAAUGCACACAAGUUCAAUGUGUACAAGUUGUGUAUACAUCUUGUAAUGAAUAUGUUGUGUCAGCUAAUGUACACAGCUGAUGUACAUCUCUGAGACAGCACAUGAUAAUGAACGGCAGCAGGGAAGGUGCCUAUUUAGCAAAGUAAUUUGGUCCCUAUUCCGGCAGCAGCCCUUGGUUGAGGUCCCAGAGCUGAGGAUAUCUGAUACAGCCAACUUGCUUUGCUAAGCAGGGCUGGGUCUAGUCAGUGUCUGGAUGGGAGACUGUCUUGAGAACCCCAUGUAUACCAACUUCAGUUCCAUGUUGGAAGAAUAGUGGGGUAUAAAUGUACUUUAAAAAUACAUAGCCAGAGACAGGAACUAUUGUUGGUUAAGAAGGGGGCUGGCCUUCAUGAAAGAGAGAGCAUAUGCAUGCAGAUCAGUACUGUUCUGAUGACCUGUGGGCAGGAUUGCAAAGCUGGGUUAAUUCAGGAAGACCACAAAACCUGGUAAAAAGCACGAAUAAAUCUAGGACGUAUAGGAUAGAGUAGGAAGUAUGCAAGACAGAGAAGCCUGGCAAGACAGAUAAUAAGCAACGUUGCUGCUGAAAUCUCUUCAUGAUACACUCAACAGUGGAUCAGCUGCUGGCAGUUUUAAUGUAUUAUCAUAUUGCUACACUUUCCUGAACUCAGUGUAUAUAACACAACAUGCGGACAGCUGCAGAAGUUCAACACUCCAAACCAUGUUUGCUUUUGCACAAUUUGCCAUUGCGGGGUGCAAAAAUUCAGGAAGGUUUCAUUCAUAACAUUAGCUGUUAAAAAGGAAAACACUAAGAUUAGUGUUGCUAAUAUGAAAAAACUCUAUACACUGAAUGGUUCAGCCCCUUUAACAAAUAUUUUAAUGUGUUAUUACUGACACUUUGUUUCCCACAGUGCCGAAAAGCUGUCGAUUACUAAAGCUCUUGAUUUAACAAUAUACCUACAACAUGAAAGUGAAAUUACUCCCGUGCUUGAAGGAUUGGAUGAGCUGAUACCUUUGUACAAACUUACGGAGAAGAGGGACAUGAAAGACAUAGAUAAUCAAUUAAAGGUAAGAAGGGGAAGACUGAAAAAUAGCCAUCAAUACUUGCAGGCUGUCAGCUCACAUACUGAGGUUAUUGGCAAUAAUUUUAUGAAUGUAUAUGUGUUGUACUGUAGAAUGAAAGGAAGCUGCUUUGUUAUUUUGAUUCUCACGGGAUGCGAGAGUCAGUAGGGGCAGCAUCCAUCACAAUAUAGAGUGUACGAUCAGCAUGUCAUUAAUGGAAAGAAGCCAAACAAUAACUGUUAGUAUUUAAAGAAACAGCAAACACUACCUGUUUAAAGCAAUUGGAAAUUAGAUAAGGUUAAUAUGUUAUGAUUUUAUUUUAAUAUGAUGCAUGCUUCUUUUUUUAAAGAAAAAGUUCAUCAUGAUGCAAGGGAGCAGGGUUCCCAUUUAUGUAGGUUGUUGUUUUUCUGGAACAUAGAUAUGAAGCUGCCUCGAAACCAUUAGCUCCUGUGUGCAUGUGUUUUAUAAUCAGAAUUUCAGGUGGUUAAUUAUGAUACAUACUUAAAUCAUUUAUUGUUCCAUUGUGUUUCAGUUUGGUUAUUAAACAACUGCUUCCUUCAGCCAUGGAAGUACAUUUUGUGUGUGUGUGUGUGUGUGUGUGUGUGUGUAAUUGCCUUCCCAUUCUGCUUAUAUAUACAGUUUUUAACAGAUUUGGUUAAAAAAUUGAUUUCACGUGUAUGUUUUUUUGUAUGUUUGUGAAAUCACUCUAGGGAUACAUAGUCAAUCUAAUGAAAAACAUGACUGACAAACAGUCUUGGGACGAUGCUGGGACAGUGUCUGAGCGACUACUUCGGAGCAGUCUUCUGGCGUUUGCUUGCGUACGAAAGUACCAACCGUGUGUGGACAAAGCAAAAGAGUUCUAUACAAAGUGGAAGGACUCCGAUGCAAAUUUCCAGUACGUGUUUCUCUUUUGUAAGCAGCAUAGCAUCUUCAGGCUUCACAGGGCAAAAACAUGCAUUGUGGCAACUUAAAUGCUGUAACGCCACCCCAAUGUAGCAUACAAAACCAGGGAAAUAAAAAAAAUCCUUCCAGUAAUUUUUUAAAUUUUAUUUUGACUACAGCAGACCAACACAGCUACCUACCUGUAACUAAAACCAGGGAAGUUGCUGUGUUGUGGCUGCUCAGUCCAGCUGGGUGGGAGAGCAUGAAAUCACUGGAUAGAGGAAAUUUGCUAUUACCUGUGAAUUUGCCUUUUCAAUGAUUCUUGAGAUGAGGCAGUCUGACUUGAGUAGUAAUUUGCAAUUGAAUCCAGACAUGGAAUAAUAGAAUCGCAGAGUUGGAAGGGAUUGCAAGGGUCUGUGGCAAUCACACAGGGUUCCCGGAUGUUUCACCGUCCAUUGAUCCCUGUGCCACCACUUUAUUUCUCGCUGCCACCACCCAGGCCCUACCUGGUACAAUACUGAGUCCAGUCAGGGUUAAAUUGGAACAUAAACUUCUGUUUAUUUAUUGCAGUUUAACAAGCAUGUGGUUUCAUAAACGAUCUCAGUCAAUUACAAUCAUGGGGUGCCUAGCCAGACCUAUAUCUUCCGCUACUUGCUCUCACUCACUAAACCACCUCUCAGAUAUUUACUUGUCUUCCCAGGUCCUAACUGUUCCUGACUCAGCUUAUUUCGCUACACUAACUCAACCUACCCACAGACUCUAUCCCAAUUCACUCCCACUCCAACCAACCACCCAACUCCCAACGAACUCCCCCUUUGCCCCUCCCAGAGCUGGUUUUAUAGUCCCUCUGACUCCACCCCCCUGGGUUCUGAUUGGUUAACCUGUUUAACUAUUUCACCUCCAGCACUCUCAUAUGUUAACAUCACAGGGGCAUCUAGUCCAACCCCCUGCAAUGCAGGAAUCUCAGCUAAAGCAUCCAAAAGAGAUGGUCCUCCAACCUCUGCUUAAAAGCCUCCAUUGAAGGAGAGUCCACAACCUCCUGAGAGAGUCCAUUCCACAUAAGAAACCAACACCAAGAGAUGCAUGUCAGAACUAACCUGAAGCCUCCAUUUGUUUCAGUUUGCCCAAUGACAUCAAGUUUGCGGUAUAUGCUGUUGGAGCACAGACGGACGAAGGCUGGGACUUCCUUUUCAGCAAACACAAGCUGCCCAAAUUUAAUACUGAGAAAAGGAUAAUUGAAUCUGUUCUCAGCCUAAGCCCAAAUAAGGAGAAGCUUGAAUGGUGAGUACAGUGGAACCUCGAGUUGCGGACAUAAUCUUUCCCGGAGGCACAUCAAAGUGUUCGCAUCCAGAAGUGCCGCGUCUGCACACAGCACAAUUUAGCGCUUCUGUGCCUAUGCGAGUGGCGAAACCCGGAAGUAACCAUUCUGGUACUUCCAGGUUGCUGCGGGACGCAACUUGAAGAGACAUAACCUGAAGCGGACGCAACAUGAGGUAUGACUGUAUUCUCUGAAAACAUGAACGGCUUUAAAUUAAAAGAGAGAUGUUGUAAAUGCAAGGCCACAGCCACCUGUAUUUUCAUCAUCUCUUAACCAUUGCAAUGCAACAAAAAGCAACAACAUUGUAACAUUGGAUUGGAACGAAGUGUCUCACAGUUAAAAGGUCAGUGCACACACCAAUUGCACAUUUUGUUCAUGUGCACUGGCUAUAAAUGCUGUUUCACAUUGUGGCUGUUCCUAUGGAAUUAGAAGCUGUAACGGGGUAAGGCAGGGCAGAUCAGAUUUUUAGGUGAGGUGCAGGAGACAAAGGUGAACAAGUGGUGUCUGAUCUUCAGCUGCAGGCCAGCUUUUUCAUUCUUUUAGGUCUGGGUGCGUUCUGAGCGUUCUGUCUCCCACUGCUCGUCUUUGCCAAAGAUUUCAAAGAGAAAGAACCCUUCCCCACAGCACAGAAGAGAUUAAUCUGAAUAGUUAAUUUCCCCCUUUGAUACAGAUUUUCCCCAUUUCAGCUUUUCAAUCAAACUUCUCUAUGGCCCAUAGGCUCUUCCACAUUUUGUAACUAGGGAAGAAACAGCCUCAGCCCAGUAUACCCCCAUCUUUCAGCCCGAAAUCUAGCUUCGAAGGCCUUCUGGUGGUUCCCUCAUUGCGAGAAGUGAGGUUACAGGGAACCAGGCAGAGAGCCUUCUCAGUAAUCGUGCCUGCCUUGUCAGAUGUCAAGGAAAUAAACAUCUGAAGGCAGCCCUGCAUCUGGAGGUUUUUUAUGUUUGAUGUUUUAUUGUGGUUUUGUAAUUUGUUGGAAGCCCCCCCAGAGUGGCCGAGGCAACCCAGUCAGAUGAGCGACAUACAGAAUUUAUUAUUAUUAUUAUUCCUGCGUGUGACACAGUACCCCCUUUCAGCACCUUCUCUUCUUUCCAUGCUGACUAUAUGAGAGGAUGCUUGGGGGAAAUGAAGAAUAAUCUCUCUGCAGCGAAAGCUAAGGGUAUGAAAUCAAAUAGCCAUUACACUGUGUACCAUUUAUUCGUACUCGAGUUUUCCUGUUCCUAUUAAGGUAAUAAUAUUAUUUCCUCACACUGAGGUUUCUUUUCUUUGUUUAGGUUAAUGGAGCAAGGUUUACAGGAUGACUUAAUAAAAAUGCAGGAUCUUCCGUAUAUUGUUCUCUCCGUUGGAAGGAACCCUGAGGGUUAUCAGUUAGCCUGGAAGUUUCUAAAGCACAAUUGGCAGACAUUUGUAAAAAAGUAAGUUUUAAAUAUUAUCGCUCCUUGUACUCCUGUUUAUUUUCUUUCUAAUAUAAAAAUAUUUACUUCAUGCACUUCUUCUGUUUGCAUAGGUUUGAACUUGGUUCGAAUACCGUUGCACACCUGGUUACUGGAUUGACAAAUAAAUAUUCCACAAAGGAACAACUUGAAGAAGUAAGCAUAUCUCGCAACCUGCAUUAUAUGUCCGUGAGACUCCAUGAUUUCAUUUUUUUUAAAUUAAUUGCUUUUCACACAUGCAUCUCAAGGCAAUGUGCAGCAGCAGCAGUUGUUGUUUAAAGCAAAAUGGACAUCCAUGGCAAACUGACAAGUUGUAUUAUUAUAGGUUCUUGGAACCCAACAUAUAAAUGCAUGAGACAUUUAUGAUACUUAACUGCUCAUAUGCUGUUCUGCUUCCAUUUAUAUUAUCUCUUUGUAAAUCUGAAGCAAAAGGCCUUUGAAAACACUUGUAAUUCAUGUACAAUUUGAACGACAGGCACGUUUCUUUUCUUUAUGCCUCCAUGACUGAGAAUCUCUUAUGACUAAAUCCAGGCUGUACAGUUAGUGGCAUUGGUACAGGAAGAUUAGGAUGCAGUCUCCUACAACGUUUUUUCUUUUUUCAAAUCCCGUUGAAGAUAAUGGGAAUAGUACAAAAAUUUAUUGUGGUAUUUAUUUAUUUUUACUCAACAGGUAAAAAGUUUCUUCAACUCCCAAGGCAAAAAAGUUUCAGAGCUCCGUGCUGUCUACCAAGCAGUAGAAACCAUUGAAGAAAAUAUUCAGUGGAUGGAUAAGAACCUUGAAAAAAUCAAGGAUUGGUUACACAUCAAUAGCAGAACAAGCAUCUAAGCAUGAAGCAUGAUUUCAGAAUGAAGAAUGGUAAGUUCUUGAAAAGAUAUGAAAAAUGCUACUUUUGUAAACGUAAGUUUUUAUAAAAUUCUAAAAACUGGAACGCUGAUUACUACAUAUAUUUGAGCUUAUUCUAAUGACAGAGGUUGGAAAAUAUGAAAUAUACUUCCAAAGUGGAGGAAAUAGCAUUAAGGCCUUGCAUGCAUGUCAAGUUAUGCAUUUACAACAGGAGUGGUGAAAAUUGGACCUCUCUUAGACCAGGUCUUUAUGCCUCUCUAACUAGAGUCUGGGACUCCUACUAGGCCAUUCCCUUCUCAAAUGCUUGUGUAUGCCUCUUGCUUGUGUGGAUGGAGGAAGGAGAGAUAUCUGUUGGGAUGUAGAAAAUCUGACUUUUCCAUAGCUGGAAUGUUGCCAACUAUACUGUAGCAAGUAACAUCCAUUACUUCACCUGCAGAGGAUCAGGACCUUUUGAUUCCAUAGGUCCACUUUCGCAUUAUUUCUGAACUCAGAUAAGGUAAGGUUAACUCUUAACUGCAGUUUAUGCAGCUGUCCGUUUCAGACCACAGUCUCAGAUAAUACUGAACAGUAUUUAACUGAAACAAGUACUUCUGAUCUGAUGACUGCCCCGAGAGGAGACAGUGGGUGAGAGUGGGAGCAUGCAAGCCUAAGGCUUGCCCCCUUAAUGAGAAGCCAUUCUUCCAGACGCAGCUGUAAACUACAAGAUCCAGUAAAAUAAAUGUGCAUUGGGAUAGAGGAGGUAUUUCGGUUUGGUCGAAACCUGUAAAAGGUACCUUCUUCUAGACACAGCCAAAAUAACUGCUGCAUUGGGAUAGAGGAGGUAUUUCGGUUUGGUCGAAACCUGUAAAAGGUACCUUCUUCUAGACACAGCCAGUGUUCUUGUCUAACAAUGGCAAUAAUAACCAUGUAUUAAGGACACAGUUCACAAACACAAUUUACAAGGUAAUACAUUCUAAAACUUUAUUAGUGUGACAGGCAAUCUUAAUACAGACUUUCAAAAACAGUCCGGUAUUAACAUUAGAUUGUCAAGGACAGUCAAAAUUCUGAUGUCCCCAGAGGAACAUCUCCUGCGCUUGCUCCUUUUGAAGUAAGUAAGAGCGAUGGCAGAAAGUGGCCACGCUCCUGUGUAACUCCCAUGCAGUUCAAAGGGGCUUGCACAGUUGAUAUUCCUCGCAGGCUGCGGCUUAUAUAUUUGACCCAUGGUAGUCUAGAGAACUAACUACCUGGAAGCAGACUUGACCAAACCAGGAGUAGCACCUUACUCCAAAAGUCAAUAAAAAAAUUGCUACUCAUAAUGCAAAGCAUAUCAGAACCUGCUGUUGGAGCCAUAGCUUUUCUCACUGCAAGGAAUACCAAAAAGGGGGGUGGGGAAUAAAACAUGGAAGUUGAGCAAGCAUUGCAUCCAAAUUAGUUCACAAAGCACCUCUGUAUUCAGCUGUGAUGUGAAUUUAUACAUCAGAAACAAGCUGUGUAAUCUGGAUUCUGGGGGUGGGGUGGGAGGAGCUAUACCAGUGUAACUUAUAGGAACAUAUUGGAGUCCUAUGUGCAUCCUUUCUGGAGUACCCCUAUGCAAUAGCAAUUCAGAUGCAAUAUUACGCCCUUUCUGCAAGCCACUGACAGGCGGUCACAAUCAGAACUCAAGGUUUCAAAUGAAAAUACUAGCGGCACUGUUCAUAUUGAAUACUAUGUUAUUAGAAGCCAAGGACUGAGAAACAAUCGCUUCUACUCUUCUCCCAUGUUUAAAUCUUAGCAACUGAUUACUCACUUCUCACUAACUAUUCUUCAAAAGGAAUACACGCAGGCAGAUGAUAGCCAAAACGCAUUAUAUUCCAGAAUAUUUAGAGCAUUCAUUAUACUAAAAAACCAAAAACCAAACCACAGCUUUUCUGAACUCUGCUGAGAUUUGCAGGCACUAUGUGUAGAUUAUGUGCAAAAUUUGCAGACUUUUUUUUCUUUUUGCAUUGCUAUUAAAUCCGUAGAAAUACUUUUCUUACAAAUAUAAAGCGUCCGUUCCCUCUCAUAACUGAAGAAAAUUACAAAAUAAGAGACAGUAAAAUAAAUGGAAAAAGGUCAUCCUUGAAAAUAGUAAGAUUCAUGCCUCCCAUGCCAUUAUAUCCAAAUACCAUGAUACAAAAACCACCCGGGAGACUAUCUUGCUUCUGCAAAAUAGCUUCUUCUUUUCUUUUUUUUGUUCAAGUGCAGCUAUCCACCAGCAAAAUGAAGACUUUUUUGCAUUAGCGCUGAAAAGCCUAGACAGAGAGGAAAAGAGAGCACAUUAUUUAGCCAGUAAGGGGAGGAAACGUUAUCUCAUAAAAGAGAAUUCAGCAGGUUCCCAACAAAAAAUAAAUAUGCAAGUUGAAACCACCAGCAUGGUCUAUAUGUGGGCUCAUGCAGACUUCCUUGCCAUUUGUUCUGAUUCAGUGGUAAUCGGCAGAUUUUCCUGGGAAAGCAGUAGGACAAAAAACCCAAAACCCUGCUCAGGCACAGACUUAGAAAGUGCAGACUCAUGCCUGGAAAGCACAUUGCAAAAGGAAGUUUGGAUGAGCCCUGUGUGAUGGUGUUUGUGAGGCUGUACAGUGGUGCCUCGCAAGACGAAAUUAAUUCGUUCCGCGAGUUUUGUCGUCUUGCGAUUUUUUUCGUCUUGCGAAGCAUGGUGUCGGGAAAGUUUUGGAAAAGCUUCAAAAAUCACCAAAGUCUUUAAAAACCUCAAAAAAGGCUACCACACCGCGUUCUAUGAGUUGCUCCUCGAAGUCAAGUCGCAACUGUAUUAACGGUGUUAAGAAAAAGGAAGCAAACUUGCAAGACGUUUCCGUCUUGCGAAGCAAGCCCAUAGGGAAAAUCGUCUUGCGAAGCAGCUCAAAAAACCCUUUCGUCUAGCGAGUUUUUUGUCUUGCGAGGCAUUCGUCUUGCAAGGUACCACUGUACAAGUAUCAGCUCCCCUUGCCUGCCCUAUUCAAUGUAAUUUGCUCACUCUGAUGGUGGUUGCUUGCCUCAAGCGGAAAACAGGUGCUGCCAAAGCAAGAAACUUCUCUCUCUCUCUCAAAAAAGGAGAGGCACUAGAGGCUGCAACUGAAGCAUACAGCAGCAAUUCUGUAUACAAGCAUGAAAUAGGUGAAGGAUCUUCCAAGGACCCAUAGGAUGUUCUCUGAGAGAGGUCUCAAAGCCCCUCAAAGCUGCCAUGAAAGCCUCUGCAGCAGUAAGAGGAAAAGAGAGGGAUGUGCAAGAUCCAAAGCCAACUUUGAUCCAGAUUCAACUCUCUUGACAUGACCGUGAAAUGCAAGAAAACUUACAUUUUUAGACCCUUGUUUUUUAGAGCAGGUAUUUUAAUUUUCAGAGCUCUUGGGGAAAUUAAUACCAAUUGAUAGAAUUCCUGCUACUUAACAGUAUGUGAAAUCUCAUGCAUUUAAUUUUCAAAAAGUAUUUCAAUAAUAAAUGCUGGUGUCCUUUUUCUGGAACCAUUCCAGCAUUUUAAAGGUACUUUACAAAGAUGCUUUACCCAUAUAUAAUGCAUAUUUCACAUUAAAGAUGCAUGUUUCUCACGUUUUGCUAAAUGCAAAAGUAAUUUUGAAUAUACUGUUUGAAGGACAAUUUAGCAUGCCAGGUGCAGUGUGAAACACAAGCAUACUCAGAGCUUUUACUAAUCUAAAGUGCAACCAACCAAUAGUCAGUCGGUUUCUUGGUUGAACUGCACUUAGAAUAUUCUAUGUAGAAAACAGCUCUGCACAUGCAGUAUAUAAAUAUUGUGGGUCAGUCCACUCAUUAAGAGUUUGGUAGAUGUGAAGCCUCACAAACAAGCUAUCUCGGCCUAUACUGACUCCAGGAAUAAGGGAUGGGGUACCUUAGAGCUAAACAGGCAACUGUAACCUGAAACAGCUUCUAACCCUCUUACAGGGCAGUGUUGCCAGUGGGUCUGGGGGAGAACCCAAAGGUGGAGGAACCAAAAUGCACAAAUCUCUGCUGGGUGCACAAUGGAAGGGAGUGGAAACACGUAUUUUCAGAAAAAUCAAUUCAUUCUUCAUGCAUAAAGGAUGCACACAAAUUUGCAUGAUUAAGUCUAACAGUUCUUACCUGGUAACAUUUAACUCUUUUUCUGUUUCUCAGAUUUUGCACUGGAAGACUGCUCCUUUGCCUUAAUGGGAAAAAGCAACAACCAUGUUAUUGGCUGGAAUGCUGAGGUCACAUAACAAACACCGUGAAUAAAUAUUUGAAAUAAAACACAGCCAUUUAAGUAAAACAAAGCUUGAAAUCAAAGUGUUUGCCAUGAAUAAGGAAGUGGAGAGACACACAUUUGAAAGGGCUAAAAACUACACAUGAAUGGCUUUUCUGAAGUUUUGUUUUUAUUUUCAUGCAUCCCUGGAGAGAGCCAGCAUUUGGUCAUAACAGUGGCACAGGGGAGCUGAACGCUCCCUUCCUUCAAUUGUUUCUGAUUAAAGCACUAGUUCUUUGUG